UUAUACGAAAGUAUCCAACGAAUGCAGACCGAAUAUUGAGUGAUUGUUUGAGGCGAAAGAACGUGUGAAAAUGACUGAAAAUUUCUCAUUGUAAUGCAUAAGAGUCUGGGCAGAUUAUAGAGGCAAAGAAGUGAAGUGCUAAACGUUACUUGUGACUAUUUAAAACAUUUUCAGUGAAGAGCGCAUGGAGAUACGCAUGCAAGAGACCUUUAAAGCAGCAAUGUAUCGAAAAGAUAUUUUAUGAAAAAAAAUUCUAUAAAAAAAUUAUACGUGCUAAGUAACUCUGCAAAAAGAGCAAAUAAAUUUUAAACAAAAACAUUAUACAACAACAAAUUAGAGACAAACUAUGUACGAGCGCAUAAAGAAAAAUUACGCAAACCCAAAGGUGGCAAACAGAGAAUCUUCAUAAUUUAACGCAACACAAAAAACACGCAACGCAGAGUCUAAAUGCAUAGAACAAAAGAAAAAAACAGAUAAAACAUUAAACAGCGAUAAAAAAUAAAUGAAUUGGUGCAAAUAUUUGCUUGACUUUUAAUGCUGACGUGCACUGUGUGGAAUUUAUAUUAAGAAAAAUCGUUAAAAAUAGACAAUUUGAAAACUGGAGGCGUGAGAAACGGACAUACCAAGCAGGAAAAAACUAAGAAAAUAAUAAACAAUUAAUAAAUAAAGAAUUGUGUACUCAAAUAGUAAUAUUAAAUGAAAAUAAAAAUAAAAAACACAACAAAAAUUUACGAAUUUAAGCAGUAAAUUAAAAAAAAAACUAUCAAAAAAUAAUAAAAAAAGUCAUAAAAAAUUAAGAACUGAAAAAAUCUUAACAAAUUCUUACUUAGCAAAGAACACAGUGGCAGAACUUGUGACGAAGACAACGGAAAUAAACUCGGCAGCACAAAAUAUAUGCCAGUGCGCUCUCGCUCUCAACAUUUCAAGCGCAUAGCAGAGCAAAAAGUAGAAAAGUCACAAAAAAUUGUACUUAAAUACGUAAACUCAUACGAAAUUCGACCAACGCGUACGGCGCGAAAUACUUCCAAAUUCUUGCAUCAUUUUCUGACGCUGCGCGAAAGACGUCAUCGUACUAUUGCCUAUUUUCUCCAAGCUGCUGGAGCGCGCAACUAUGCUACGUAUAUAAAAAAAAACAUCUAAAGACAAAAAAGGCAAAAAGCCGCAAAGAAAACGCGAAUAAAAGUGAGCUAGGCAGAGCGCCACAUCGUUAAAGUGUGAAAAAGCGUGUGCAAACACGCGAAAAUACUUUUCUGUAUCACUGAAAUUCUGUUCGCCAAGGCCUAGCAUCAAACAGUGCGCGCCACAUACACUACAUACAGACAUUACAAAGAAAAAAUCAUCAAUACAUACACAAUAUAUGUAAAAAUACAUUUACAUAUAUAUUUUAUUGCUUGCCGAACACUUUGCUGUGCUUGCGAACUUUGCCGAACACUAAUUCGAGUGGCCCACCGCGCACUCGCUGCCAUCUUCCGUUUGCCGGCACGGCCUUGUUCAUCCGCUUCAAGUUGACAAAAUUUCCCGGCAUCCGCUAUCUGUUGGCAGCGCCAAACAAGCUUUUCCUUUGCAGCCGUCUUCGUUUGUGCGAUUCGUGUGUGCGCAUCAACACACAUACACAUAUAUCUAGUGGGAAUUGGUCAUCGUUUGCGCCUUCGGCAACCUUCAAAGCAUCCGAAUCGACAACGGCAACAUCAUCGGCAUCAUAGACGUCUGCAGGCGCCAAAUUCUCGAUUCACAUCGAGCUAUAAUCGGACUUGUGGCCACCAUAGGCGAACAGUCUGCUGAAAUCCGUUGUUGUCGUCGUUCGCUCGUAGUUGAAAUUUGCGGCGAAAUAAUUUGUAAAAUUCGUUAUCCGUCCAUGCCAUGCGCGAUAAAAUCACACAACUAUUUUGCUUGCAAAAGAACGCAUGCAAAAAUAAUACAACAGAUAAUCGAGGACAUAAUGUGCCAAUUAAAGUCACGAGCAACGGGACAACGGGUGCCAAUGGGUCUUUUGGGGCAGAAGGGCCCGAAACAGAGACCGACUCAUCAGGGACCGGGGGGAUGCGGAAGUCGUUGGAGAGGAAGGGCUCAGCGCCGAACGACGCUGUUCACCUCCAGAGACGGGUGGGACUCUUCAGUGGGGUGGCUUUAAUUGUCGGGACCAUGAUAGGGUCUGGAAUAUUUGUGUCACCUUCAGGUCUACUAGUUCGUACUGGUUCCGUUGGUGUUAGCUUUAUUAUAUGGCUGGCCUGUGGUUUGCUCUCCUUGUUGGGCGCUCUGGCAUAUGCUGAAUUGGGUACGAUGAACACAUCGUCUGGCGCUGAGUGGGCAUAUUUUAUGGACGCAUUUGGUCCGGCUCCCGCAUUUUUAUUCUCAUGGGUAUCGACAUUGGUCCUGAAGCCAUCGCAAAUGGCUAUAAUUUGUCUCUCCUUUGCGCAGUAUGCAGUUGAGGCAUUCGUCACCGAAUGCGAUCCACCAACAUCGGUGGUAAAAAUGGUUGCACUGCUGGCAAUUGUUAUGAUACUGUUCGUGAAUUGUUAUAGUGUGAAUCUGGGCAUGGCUGUGCAGAAUAUAUUCACCGCUGCCAAAUUGGUUGCCGUCCUCAUAGUGAUCUGCGGCGGCGCCUGGAAACUAUUCCAAGGCAAUACACAACACCUGUCGAAUGCAUUUAGUGGCGACACACCCACCUUGGGCGCUGUGGCGACCGCUUUUUACACCGGCCUCUGGGCGUACGAUGGCUGGAAUAAUUUGAACUACGUCACCGAGGAAAUCAAGAAUCCAAGCAAGAAUUUGCCACGCUCCAUCAUGAUCGGUAUACCGUUGGUGACGCUGUGCUACGCGCUCAUCAAUAUAUCUUACUUGGCGGCGAUGUCACCCACCGAAAUGAUUGACUCAGAAGCCGUCGCCGUGACCUUCGGCAAUCGCAUACUGGGCGCUAUGGCUUGGUUAAUGCCGCUCAGCGUGACGGUGAGCACUUUUGGCAGCGCUAACGGUACACUCUUCGCGGCCGGACGUUUGUGUUUUGCCGCCAGCCGUGAGGGUCACUUAAUGGAUAUACUGUCGUACGUGCAUGUGCGUCGUCUAACACCGGCACCUGGCUUGAUUUUCCACUCACUCAUCGCUACCGCCAUGGUCUUGUACGGCACAAUCGGUUCAUUGAUUGACUUCUUCAGCUUCACCGCAUGGAUUUUCUAUGGCGGUGCUAUGUUGGCGCUGAUUGUAAUGCGUUUCACCAAACCCAACUAUCCAAGGCCAUACAAAGUGCCUAUCAUCAUUCCUGUUGUGGUGCUGGUGAUCUCAAUAUAUCUUGUGGUGGCGCCGAUUAUCGAUACACCACGGAUCGAAUACUUAUAUGCGUUGCUCUUCAUCUUGGGCGGCUUGAUAUUCUACGUGCCGUUCGUUAAGCUAGGCAUGACACCAAGAUUUAUGAACAAAGUGACGCUCUUCUUCCAGCUGCUGUUGGAAGUGGUGCCCACUUCAUCGAUGUUCGAAUAAGCAAUGGAACACAUUUCAUUAAUACCGGCUGAGACAAAAAAAACUAAAAAAAUGUGUUACAAAAGUAACACUAAAAAAAAAAUUAAAUUUAAAUCAUUCAAUGAAAAGUAAAGGAGAGACUAUCUAUUCAGGAUCUGAGAGAAUAAUGUACGUACGAAAUAAGUUAACUGUUUAAACUAAAUAAUAUAGCAGAGCAGUAGACACAAAUAUUCAACUAUGAAGCGUGUUGUAGUAAAGUAACAGAUUUACAAAAAAUUUUAAAAAUUAAAAGAAAAAAUUAUAAAAAUUAAAAAAAAAAACAAAAAUUUGAAAAAAAUUUAAAAAAAAAUAAAAAAAAAAUUUUAAUUAUAUAAAAUUAAAAAAAAAAACAAAAAUUAAAAAAAAAUAUAAGUGAAACGUACGCAUUACAAAAAGUUUCUGCUAAAGACCUACAUACAUACUAUAUUAUAUAUUUUUUAGCUGUAAGCUUAUUAGAAUCAUCAGAUUGUUGCCGAAACUUAGUAAAACGUUUACAAAACAAUGUUAUUGUUUCAAAACGUACAUUAAAUGUGCAAAAUGUAGCUUGAAGUGCUAUAAAAUAGUUGAUUAACUAGGUGCGUUGAUAUUAUUAGGAUUUAUAUGUAUAUUGAGGUACAUAGUACAUAAUAAGUAUGUGUACUCGCGAUUAUAAAAUUUUUUUUAGGAAUUUAUGUGAAUUGUAAGUUUUAUGACCUGACGUUUGAUAAAAGGCGGCUGAAGGCAGAGAAUAUUGAAUUUUCAUUAAAAUUGUGAAGAAAACAACAGCAAAAGCCAGUUCAAACAGCUGUUAUUUGAGUGAUGCUAUGACGUUUUAUAAAUAAUUUAAUGAAAUGUUUUUCUAAUAACAACCAAAAAGCUGAGUGAAAAAAUUUACUUGUUGAUAAAUUAUAUCUAACUGGUUCAAAAAACAGUUUAAAGAGAAGCAGUCAGUUGGAAAGCACGCAUUUGAGUGAAGUUAUGGCGUUUGCUAGUAAAUUGUUUGAGUUAUAAUCAUUACUAUAACAAGAACCAUUACUGAAAAAGUUUCUUUGCUGAGCGGCUUACUUGCUUAGCUGUGCAAUAAUCAAAUAAAUCAAUAAAGUUAACAACUAAACGCUUUUUCAUACUAUAAAUUUCGCUCACAAGUCGAUAUAAAUCAAAAUACUUACAUUGCUGCAAGCCAAAAGCUGCAUACAAAAAUUAAAAAUUUAAAGAAUAAAAAAUUGCUUCCAACUCAAAAAUUCAAUUCAAAAAUAUUCUUAAAUUAUAUAUUCAGCAUCAGCAUUAUGUCGCCCAUUAGCCUUCAGCUGUCAUCGUCAGCCAAAUUUCAUUGAAAAAAUCACAAUUUUAACGCAUAGCAAUAUUUUAAUUGGGUACAAGUAUAUGAAAAAAAAGCAAAAGCAAACGCAAAAAACAUUAAGUUAGACUAAAUUCGCUCUAUGUAUGUAUAUUUUAGAAUCGUUUAAAAAUCCUAAACGGAAAAAAUUGUGAAAACCAUGGGACUGCUGUAGGCAUUAAAUUGUUUAAAUAUUUAUUAUUUACUAAAAGGACAAUGGAAUUUAGAAUUAUAGAACUGCAAGUCUACUUACAUAGAAAUUGUUAUUGAACAUAACCUAUAAUGAAAAUUAAAACCAAAUAAAACCGCUUCAUACACAGCAAGCACGCUGAGCUAUAAAUUUAUUAGUUCAAAGCAAGCUUUUUAUAGUAAUUAACAAUAAAAACAUUUGCAUACAACUAAAAAAUUCAACAGCCAUCGCAAAUGCUGUGUAUAAAGCUAAAAAAAAAUACAUAAAAAACCAUUGCAACUACUCUAAUGUAAGGCGCAAAAAAAAGCAAAAUAAAAAUAGAAAAAUAAUCCCAGAAAAUCUCACAAAAUUAUUGCACACCGCUUACUACUACAUAUAUACAACUUGCUAUUUGUUUAGAAGUUCGUUUGGUAGUAUGCGUUAUGAAGCAAAUAAAAAUAAAUAAUAAAUUUAUAUUAUCAUUCUCAA